CAAAAAGAAAUAUUGACUAUUUCACCACAUGCAAGUAUUCAUGCCACAAAGGUUAACGAGCCUAAAAAAGCAUCUAAGCCAAGCAUUUCCAGAGAGCAUCAGACAGCUAAUGAUCAUCCUAUUGAUAAACUGUUAGAUAAAGCUGAACAAUUAAUUGAUGAAUUUAAUUAUGAACUUGCUCAGAAGUUCUGCCAACGAGCAUUAGAAAAAGAUCCUGACAAUCUCAGAGGAUUGGAAACUUCAGCUUCUUUAUUGAUUGAACUUGGCAAUGUUGAAUCAGCAAAACAUUGUCUAGGUCGAGCGAUUGAGCUGUGUCCUCAUUCAGGAUUCACUAAGUAUAUGAUGAUGGGUCAACUUUUGGAGGGCUCCUCUGCUGUAGAAUGCUAUCAGAAAGGAAUAGAAAUUAUGUUAAAAGAAAAAGAAGAGAAAGAAACCUUAGAGGUGGCAGCUGCAUGCAAAAAUGACAGAGAUGUAACUAACAACGAUAUUUCAAGCGCCUAUUGUGCUAUAGCAGAGAUUUAUCUAACAGACUGCUGCUUUGAUGAUACUGCAGAAAAUAAAUGUAAAGAGUUUACAGACAAGGCUUUAGAAGCAGAUCCUGAUAAUGCAGAAGCACUUCAAAUAAAAGCCAGUUAUCAUUUAUCAAAAGAUGAAAUAGAAGAAGCUAAAGAACUCAUCAAGAAAAGUGUAUCAUUGUGGCUACCCAAACUUGAGGCUGCUGAUACAGGAAAUGUAGCAGAUGAAGAGUUUGAUCCAGUUGAUACAUGUCCUUUAGCUUACAAUGCAAGAGUUCAGUGUGGGAAAAUAUUAAUAGAAGUGGAAGAUUAUGAGCUGGCAACUGAUGUACUGGAAACAUUGUUAGACGAAGAUGAUGAAGUACCUGAUGUUUGGUAUUUAAUUGGAUGGGCAAACUAUCUACAAGGCCAAGAGUUUUACAGUAAUGCUAGACAUUACUUACUAAAGGGAAAAGAGGUAUAUGCUAAAGUGAAAUAUGAUGAUGCUGGCUUACUAACUCACAUUGAAGAGCUUUUGACUGAGCUAGGUCCAGAGCCUGAAGAAAGUGAGAGUGUAGAGCCUUUGGAAAUAGAAAGUUCUGAAGAAGAGGAUAUGGAUCAUUAAUAAUAAAAUUUUAAAUACAUAAUUUA